GAAAGUAAUUUUGUUUUGACAGUAUGUCUUACCUAUUUUAAAAAUAGCAUUUUUAUAAAUAUUGAAAUAAAAUGUCUUACAACGAAAGACCUAAACUACAAGCAUCAAGAAAUCGAUUUAACCAAGACAGAAGGCAACAUUAUAAUGAAUACAAUAAUUACAAUAAUAACUAUUACAAGUAUGGUUUUCGGGAACAUAGACAAGGUGUAAAGAGGCCCCAUGAUAGGUAUAAUAAUCAUACAAAUGCAAAAAGGUACAAACCUUAUGAAGAAUUGCCAAGAUCAAGUUGUUCUUCCAAUAAAGUAGUUAAUGAGAAUAAGACUGACAAACCACAACCAUGUAAAAGUACUUAUAUUAAAACCAAACAUUUAGAAACUUCAGAAACUACAAAUAAAAAGAAUAUUGCAUCAAAUCGAAUGGUACAGCUACGAAAAAGUUUAGAACUUAAGAAACCUGAUAAUCCAACCAACCACAGCAAUAAUAAUAAAAAGGAAACUACUAGUCAGAUUAACAAAAAAGUUGAAACAGUUCAAAGAGAAGUAUUCAUCAUAAAAAAUAAAACACCACAAAAAUCUGCAUCAGAUAGAUUAAAAGAUAUUCGUAAUUCAGCAUCUAAAAGUAUAACAUCUAAAAGCAAAACAGAAUGUUUACUUUUAAAUUCAAAUGUGAAAACCAACAAUAUUUCUCAAUCAAAUCAUACUCAUGAAUCUAAACCAAAAACUCUAGUAGACAGGUUAAAGGUAAAUAAUAAUUCCAAUGCUACCACAUCCAAAAAUCUAGAAGCUCCAGGAGUGUUUAAUUUAAAAUCUAGGGUCCAUGAUCAGAGUAUAAUUGAUUUAACAAAUUCCCCGGUUAAACCCAAUCAUAUGCCUGUAAUGCUGAAUAAUGAAAUGGAAACUGAAAAUAUCAUGAGUCCAGAUAGAUUAAAAGAUAUUCGUAAUUCAGCAUCUAAAAGUAUAACAGCUAAAAGCAAAACAGAAUGUUUACUUUUAAAUUCAAAUGUGAAAACCAACAAUAUUUCUCAAUCAAAUCAUACUCAUGAAUCUAAACCAAAAACUCUAGCAGACAGGUUAAAGGUAAAUAAUAAUUCCAAUGCUACCACAUCCAAAAAUCUAGAAGCUCCAGGAGUGUUUAAUUUAAAAUCUAGGGUCCAUGAUCAGAGUAUAAUUGAUUUAACAAAUUCCCUGGUUAAACCCAAUCAUAUGCCUGUAAUGCUGAAUAAUGAAAUGGAAACUGAAAAUAUCAUGAGUCCAGUUAAGCUAGAAAAUAAAAUUGAUAAAAACGGAUUUACUAAUGGAUGGAUUGCUUAUACUAAUUUUGAUGGGGAUUCUUCAUCAUUCAUGGAAGUUUCUACACAAGCAAGGGCCAAUGAUACAGUUGCCAAUUUGGAUACUGUAACUUGUGAUAUGGCAGAGAUGGAAUGGACUAGUGAGAUAAGCUCCAAGAAAAUGUUCCAAGGGAAAACAAACAAGGAUCAUAAUGUUUGUAUUGUUGUGGAUACCAAUAUAUUUAUGCAUAAUUUGGAAAAAAUAAAAGAUAUUUUAAAUGUGAAAGUCUCAGGUGCUACAAUUCCCAUAGUAUACAUCCCAUGGAUGGUUGUAAAUGAACUAGACAAUAUAAAAGAUUGUUCACAUGAUCAAAAUGCAAAAAAAAGUGCUUUUUAUGCUACUAAGUUUAUACACGAAAUUCUUAAAAGGAAACAUCCAAGAUUGCAUUGCCAAAAUGUAUUUGAUGUAGAUAAACAAAAAGAAAUGGGAAAGGCUCCAGAUGAUAAAAUUAUGUCUAGCUGUUUACAAGCAUUAGAAACAUAUGAAAAUGUGUAUUUAUUUUCAAACGAUAUAAAUCUAAAAAACAAAGCAAUGAUUCACAAUAUCCCUGCAUUAUCAGAAAACGAAGUAAUAAUAAGGAUAAUGGCAAAAUUAAAUAAGGCUGUCAAAGUACAAGCUGUAAUGUCAAAAAUGAGCAUGCUGUGCUCCUACAUUAUAAUUGAAUCUGUAAAGCAAUGCUACGGUCCUGUGUGGAGUAAAAUGGACAUGCUCACUGAAGACCAACCUUGGCCAUUUGUAAAGUGUCUUAAGAUUUUCAAAAGGUAUUGGGCCGCUGUUUUUAGGGACAAAUAUCUCAAGCAUUUUAUAAACACUAUAGAUCAGACUUUGACGUUUAUAAAAAAACUUGCACAUAUCUGUGAUGAUUCAAAAGAAUAUAGCGAGUUUGUUAUACUAUGCGUUGAAUUAUGCGUAUUUCUUAAAGACUUUAAUGAACAUCGGGAUAUAGUUAAAAAAACCAUUCAGGAUAUUACCAACGUAUAAGAUUCAGCAUAAUUAAUUAAUUAAUACUUUAUCUGUUCACAAGUAUAUAUGAAAAUUUGACAUUUAAAUCAAAACACACACAUAUCUGUGAUGAUUCAAAAAAAUUUUGUUAAACUAUGUGUUACAUUCUGCGUAUUUCUUAAAGACCUUAAAGAACAUAAGAAUGUGGUUAAAAAGCCAUUAAAGAUAUUAACAACAUACACUAAGAUUCAGCAUAAUUAAUUAAUUAAUACUUGAUAUGUUUAACUGAAUUUUUUAUUACAUUUGAAAUCAGAUAUUUUUGUUUACUAAGAAUGGUAGAGUAUUAAGAGUAUUAGAACUAAAACUUUGUUUACCUGUUUUAUGUGAUUUUGUUUUUUUUAUAUAAUUUAUAUUAAUGUUUUCAUUUACAUAAAAGAGUGAUGUUAAAAAGCCCUAUGUAUGGAAUACUUUAAAAAGUAUUGAAUAUUUCUUAAUUUAAAUUUGAAUACAUAUUUAUUUAAUUAAAUAAAAAUAAUCAUUGUCCACACUGGCAAACUUAAAAAAACAAUACAAUUUAAUUUACUUAAAUUAAGUUUCAUUCGUUUUUUCGUGUUUAAAUAUGUCACUGAUGCCAUCGGUGGACCGGUUAGUCCUAAGUUCGGGAUUAUUAUUAUUUAAAUUAAAAUUAAGAUUACUAUAGGAUAUUUUUGAUGCCAAUGUUAAAUAUUCCUAUUUUUAAAAUAAAAUAUUUUAUUUUCUUAA